GAGUUGUUGGAGUCGGUUCCCGGCGCUCAAGGUUCCCCGGACCGCUGGCGGCGGAGCAGGCCGGGGGCAGCGGGGUUUGCUUUAGGACGAGCGGCUUUGAACCUCUGCGCCCGUCUCCGCCGGCAGAUACCAUUGUGUAGUUUGAAUCAGGAAUGAAAUCUUCUGAAAGCUGAGAGCAGAAGCCUUCUUGGUCAACAUGGAGGACAAAAGACGGCGAGCCCGAGUGCAGGGAGCCUGGGCUGGCCCUGCUAAGAGCCAGGCCAUUGCUCAGCCAGCUCCCACUGCUGAGAACCCUCUCCAACAGAGACCUGGUCAAACCUGGGUGAACAAGGAGCAUCGUCUGUCUGACAGACAGUUUGUGUUCAGAGAACCCCAGGAGGUGGUACGCAGAGCCCCAGAGCCACGAGUGAUCGAUAAAGAGGGUGUGUAUGAAAUCAGCCUGUCACCCACAGGCAUAUCUAGGGUGUGUUUGUAUCCUGGCUUUGUUGACUUAAAAGAAGCCGACUCAGUAUUUGAACAGCUUUGUCAGGAUGUUCCCUGGAAACAGAGGACUGGCAUCAGAGAGGAUGUAACUUACCAGCAACCAAGACUUACAGCAUGGUAUGGAGAACUUCCUUACACUUAUUCAAGACUCACUUUGGAACCAAAUCCUCACUGGCAUCCUGUGUUGCUCGUGCUGAAGAACCAAAUUGAAGAGAACACUGGCCACACCUUCAACUCCUUGCUCUGCAAUCUCUACCGAAAUGAGAAGGACAGCGUGGACUGGCAUAGUGAUGACGAACCUUCGUUGGGGAGGUGCCCCAUCAUUGCUUCACUCAGUUUUGGUGCCACACGCAUGUUUGAGAUGAGAAAGAAGCCCCCACCAGAAGAGAAUGGAGACUACACAUAUGUGGACAGAGUGAAGAUACCCUUGGAUCACGGGACCUUGUUACUCAUGGAAGGAGCCACCCAAGCAGACUGGCAGACGUGGUGAAAAGCAAGUGGCUUUUAUAAUGAGCAAGAGGCAAUAAACUGACAUCAUUUCCAAGGGGUUUUGAUUCUACUGACAGUCAGAAUGGCCCUCUACAGCAGCGGUGUCCACUAGAACUUCUUGUGAUGAUGGAAAUACUCUGUAUCUGUGUAGCCCAAUGUGGUAGCCACUAUACACAUGACUGUUGAUCUCUUGAGAUAUGGCUAGUGUGCUGAAGAACUGAAUUUUUAAUUAAUUUAGAGCUUCAGGCAGCCAAUGGCUAGCAUAUGGGGCUGCACAGCUCCAUAGCUUAGGCCAGGCCAUUUUUAAGGUGUGCAAAUUAAGAACACUUAGCAUGAGAGGGGAAUCUCAUGCCUAUCUGUGAUCUCAGCCAUUUAUGU